AUACAACCAUACAAGAGGAUUCACAGCCUUCUGAAACCACUCCUGAAGAAAGAGGAAGCAGUGGGAAUCUGGAACUAUGGGGCACAUCAACGGAAAAUCUAUUUCAGACCGAUGUGGAUUAUUUUGAAAGCUCUGAAAUUGGUCCAGCUGAAUCCAUCUGCUCAGCCAAUGAAGAUGGAGAUUUCAAUGAGGUUAAUACUCAGACCUCCACAAUAUUACAUGCAGGAUACCCUAAUUUGUGUGACGACACAGAAAUUAAUUCAGGAACUCAAAAAUCAGAUGUUUGGAGUAGAACAGAACCAAACAACGAUAAAAUAAAUAUGAAGUCUAGUGAGCAUGAUGAAGAAAUCAGUUUGCCAGUUUAUGCUCAAGUCCCAAGGACAGUGGCUGGGGAACUUUCUGUUUGUGACACACUAAUUAGUGAAAUAGAAUUCGAUCAUUCAGAUACACCAGGACAUGGUCAUAACACACCACCUUUUGCAGAAGAACCUGAGGGUUUACAUGACAUGUAUAAUGUAUCCCCAAAAUAUGAUGACCAACCUGAUACCAAUGUUUGGAAUGCAAUUAGACCCGAUGAGGCCCUGGACCAGCAAACCUGUGAACAAGAAGAAGUCAAUGAGGGCCCUUACCAGCUAACUUCUGAAAACCAGUAUGAAAAAUACAAAAAUGAGGCUCCCCAUGUAAAUAUAGAGGUUUUUGGAGAAACUACAAAACCAUUAUCCAAUGCAUCAGUUGUUGUUUCCAGCACUGAAAAUGUAAUUGUGGAGACAGCUGAUAUUAUCACUGCUGAACUCGGAGGGUCCAGUCAAUUGCUAUCAUUUGAACCAGCCUUGUGGAACAGUUCUUUGGAGACAGUUUCAUCAAAAGAAGAUAAUGAAAAUCUCAGUAUUAAUAGCCAGCGCAGCCAAGAGGUUAGCUUACAGAUCUCGCAAAGGAUUGACAGUGUAUUAGGAUCUACCAAAAUGCAGGAAGCGCAAGCAAAAAAAACUGCUAUGGGUUGUAGUGAUAGUAUACACGAUUAUUUAGCAUCUCUAGGAACACAAGCAGCUGAUUCAGAAAUCAGUUCUUUAACAUCAUUUGAACAGGAAGACAGUGAUAAGAAAGUCAACUAUAGUGGCAUCGAUUUGGUUACUCCUCCACCUAGAAAAGACUACUUUUCUCCUGAAGAGGAUGAUUUGGAAGCAAAGCAAAUAUCUACCAAUGAACCCCAUCACACCAUGGAAGCAUUAGAGGUUUUUUCAGAUGCAUUUUCAUCUGAUGCCACUUCACCAGCAGAUUUCACUGGUUUUGAAACAACAGAAGAUGAAAUUACAAUCAUUCAGGAGUCACCUUACAUGGGGGAGAAGGGACCAGAGAAAUUUUCUUUUGAUGUAGAGGGUGUGAACACCACUCAGAAAAUGGACAGUAGCACAGAAUCUCAUUUUAAAAAAGAAAACCCCUGCACCAUGGAAGCUUCUGAACAAGAAACAGAAGACAGUAAUCCCUUGAUCCCAGCAGGUGGAGCAAUGGCACCAGCUAAAUGUACCUUUGCAACAACAGAUGGAGCAUCGUUCGGUCAAGUAGAGCAGGUGGUUUUUAUGGCUAAGAGUGCAGAAAGUAUGUAUACCUCAGUACAAAAUGUAAUGUACCCAUCUGAUAGCAAAAUGGCAUAUUGUAGUAUAUCGACUGAAGUCCAGCACAUUGAUGUUUGGGAGAAUCUGUCACCAGAAGAAAAUGUGGGAAACUCCGAACUAGCACAAAACAUAAAUACCCAUGAAGAGUAUGAAGAACAUUUAAUUGACUCAAGUGAAAGUGGUAGUAACAGCUUUUUGGAAGUGUGCUACGACCGACAGGACCACCAUUUGGUGGUAGACGGUGCAUCAAAUGCAUCUUCAGUAUCCUUUACAGAGGUAGGCCAUGGCUUAUUGGACACUGAGUCCAUGGAUGGAUAUAAGACCAGCCCUGAGCUGCUUGAAAUGGGGAGCAGUGAGGAUGUUGGGGUGAAUUCAGACGAAGAAUCAUUUGGAUUGGAAAUGGAUUAUAUCAUUGUUUCAGGCAGGGAAAGUGCAUUGCUUAAAGAGGACAUUGCAGAACACAGACAAGAAGAUCAGGUUUCUCAAGAAGUCAGCACACAGAUGAUAACUACAGACCCGCAAGAGUCUGUUUCUACAAGUUCACCAAAAACAUUAAAGCAGAGUUUGGCUAAUCCAGAGAAGUAUAGUUCCCUUGAUUUUGACAGUGUUGCUAGGGUCAAAGAAUCUCAAGAAGAGCCAAAAGACAGCAAGGAAUCUCCAGAUGAAAAACAGAAUUGGAUGUUUGAAGAAAGAAGCAACACUCUGGAUAGCUCACCCGAAGAAUGCUCGAGCAUAACUGACACUGCUGGGUCAGGUUCAGAAAUUUCAGCCAAGGAAGUCUGCUCACCAUUUAACAGUAAUGGUCUAGAUAAAGAUGAGAGUUUCUUUUUACAUUAUAGUAAUGCACCCUGUGAUUCUGCAGGCAAGGAACAGGUUAAAGAAAUGGAUGUUUUAGAUUCGCUGGAGAUGAAUACCUGUCCUGUACCAGAUUAUUUUCCAGAGAGUAGAAAGGAGUUAGAAAACAAAGCUGGGUCCAGUUUUGGAAAUUCAGUCAAGGAAGCCUCCUUCCGAAGUAGCAGCACUGUUGUAGAUGAAGCAGAGAGCUUCUUGUUACAUGGUAUUGGCACGCCUCAUGAAUCUACAGGCAAGGAGAUGGACCUGCUUGGAGAACAGAUUACAGAAACUGUGAUAAAAGUGUUCGACUCCUCAGAUGUGAAAACCAGUCUUGUACAUGCUGAUUUCACAGAGAACAGAACACAGCUAGAAAACAUGCUCCAACUAUCUAGUCCACUAGGUGGCAGUGUAGUCGAACACCCAAUGAUGAAUAUAGAGGUGGACUUUCCAGAAGAACAUCUUUCAGCUAAGGAUGCUUGCUAUUUAGAGGUCACCCAUGAACUUCUGUGCCAGGAGCCCAAGGCAAAGAUUUGCUUAUCAGCCCCAGAGGGUGUAGAGAAGGACAUCAAAGAAGACUUUUCAAGAUCACUACCAGAGGAUGUGGGAAUGGACGUUUCUUUUGAAGAGGACAUGCUAGGUCCCGAUGGAGCUGACAAUAGACCAGAACCUCCCAAUUCCCUGGACCUAAAUGGAGCCCACCCACAGAGGAAAAAACUUUCAGCUCCUGAAAUCAACUUGUCUCUGGACCAGAGCGAGGGAUCCAUUUUAUCUGAUGAUAACCUGGAUACCCCAGAUGACCUUGACAUAAAUGUAGAUGACUUGGACACACCUGAUGAGGCUGAUUCUCUGGAUUACACAGGACAUGGCAAUGAACUUGAAUGGGGAGGAGCUGAGAGCGCUGCAGGAUUAUAUGCAGAGGCGCAGGAUACAAAAGAGGAUGACCCUAAAGAACAAGCAGAACAAAUUCCAGAAUACACUGCUGAAGAAGAACGACAAGAUGCCAGAUUGUGGAGGACAGUUGUAAUUGGAGAACAAGAGCACAGAAUUGACAUGAAGUCAAUUGAACCGUAUCAGAAAGUCAUUUCUCACGGAGGAUACUAUGGAGAUGGUCUCAAUGCCAUCAUUGUGUUUGCAGCUUGCUUUCUGCCAGACAGCAGUCGAGCUGAUUACCACUAUGUCAUGGAGAAUCUCUUUCUGUAUGUGAUUAGCACUCUGGAGCUCAUGGUGGCUGAAGACUACAUGAUUGUCUACCUGAAUGGAGCAACUCCUCGAAGAAAGAUGCCAGGGCUGGGGUGGAUAAAGAAGUGCUAUCAAAUGAUAGAUAGACGGCUGAGGAAGAACUUGAAAUCAUUUAUAAUUGUUCACCCCUCCUGGUUCAUUAGGACAAUCCUAGCAAUCACCAGACCUUUUAUCAGUUCUAAAUUCAGCAACAAGAUUAAAUAUGUCAAUAGCCUUGCAGAGCUUGGUGAGCUGAUCCCCAUGGAAUAUGUUCAUAUUCCAGAGAGUAUAAUAAAGUAUGAAGACAAGAGCAGUAUAAAAAGAUAUACAUGUAUGAGACUGGAUGAAGAACUGAAGGAAGCAGCUGAAUCCAAUAAAGUUGAUAAGAACAUCCCUCAAAGCAAACCCUAAACUUCCUGUAUUCAUUAUUUCAGAAGAUCCAGACGCUGUCUAAUCUGCAAGACUAUGUGAUGUUUACUUGUACAGAUAAACCUGUCAUGAGAUGUUUUAACUUUAUAUUCCUGAUUAUUUCUGGUAGAAGAAGAAAUUAUUGUAGAAUUUAGUCCUGCCUUAUGCCAAUAAGUCAUUUUACAGUAUUCACAAAUAUUAGUACACACUUUUUAAAUUACUGUAA